CUCAGGCUGAAUGUAAACACCUUGUGCUGCUUUGUUCAAAAAUCAUCGGCACGAGUUUAAAAACACAGCCAUGCCAUGGAUACUCUGUGGCAAUAUCAGUUCAGGAUCAUUUUGUUGGGGGACUCAACGGUAGGAAAAUCGUCUUUGUUGAAACGCUUCACUGACGGAAUAUACAGCGAUGUGGCGGACCCAACGGUCGGUGUGGAUUUCUACGCCCGUUCACUAGAUAUCGAACCUGGAGUAAAAAUCAAGCUACAGCUGUGGGAUACUGCUGGCCAAGAACGUUUUAGGUCCAUCACCACCUCCUACUACCGUAACUCGGUGGGGGGCCUGCUGGUGUUCGACCUGACCAACCGCAAGACCUUCGAGCACGUGCGCGAGUGGCACCGCGAGGUCAGCGAGCACAUCCUGCCCCACCACAUGGUCUACAUCCUGAUCGGCCACAAGAGCGACCUGGACAAGGAGCGCAAGGUGUCCCGCGCCGAGGCCGAGCAGCUGGCCGCCGAGCUGGGCGUGCGCUACGUGGAGACGUCGGCCAAGCGCAACAACAACGUGGACCGCGCCUUCGAGCUGCUGACGCGCGACAUCUUCGAGCUCAUGAAGAUGGGGGAGAUCUCCACGCGCGACGGCUGGGACGGGGUCAAGAGCGGCCUGACCGCCAAGGUGCUGUACCCGGCCGACGAGGACGACCUGGUGCCCGGCGAGAGAGAGAAGAGCUGCAACUGCUGACUCGCCUGAGAUUUUGGGGUUUUGUUUCGUUGGUGGGUUGCUGCCUCUGUGUCUCUCUCGCUCUCUCUCUCUCUCUCUCACACACACACACACAUUUUUUGUUCCUGUCUCUUGUGUGUCCACUUCACACUGCCCUGAACACUGCUCUUUGUGCCAUGCACGCUCACUCAAACAUACACACACACACACACACACACACACACACACACAUAGUCAUGCCAUGCGUAUGUCUGAGCUUGGGCUCUCUUGCUCCAGUGGCCCUUGUCUCGUGACAUCAUCAUUGCUUGCCCUGUACCUGACUUCCUCUGUGUCAGUGUCCAGAGGAGUAAACAUCUGUUCUAGAAUGGGAGACACACAAGGGUGUGUUCAGCCUCGUGUGAUUGGGCAGUGAGAACUGGGGACUGUUUUGCUCGGCAAAAUGGGAACAUGACCUGAACACAACCCUGUGCAGAAGGAAGAGGCAGACACUGAUGGGAACGUUGUUAAUCCUGGCUAUACUUUCUCAUACUUAUAGGUUACUGAAUACAUCCACGUAAACUGGCAUCAGACUUAUAGACCAUGAUUUUGCAAAUCUUGGUCUGGCUAGUUUCCUGUUGUGGUUUGUCAAGAGCUGUUGUUCCUGUUGAAUUCUGUCGUUGUGUUAUUUUACCCUGUCAACACAGUCGUGAUCACGCAAUCCAUUUUCAAGGCGGCUCUGGUUUGAUGAAUGAUUAACUCAAAUAGCAUAGCUAAUUAUACUCAAGUCCAUUUGAAAAGAGAACCACUAUUUUAACAAACAAUGCAGAGCUUUAUAACAUUGAUAUUUGUGCAGAUAGCUCUGUGGAUUUGACAACUGCUUGCUUCCAUUCUCGUUAGCUGAAAAUAAUGUUUAGCCGUGCAUAAGGCAUUUAUCUAGUUGAAUUUGCUAUAUAAAAAAGAGGUUAUAGUCUGCCAAACCAUCUGCCGUCUUUCAAUGUGUCGUGUUGGUUCAGUGGCACAAACACAAGGUCAUCAUCUUUCUCCAGCAGCAGUGUACACAGUGUGAUGCGCAGGCCUCAUUUAAUCUCAUGCGGUGGCCCCCAGAGCCUCCAGCGCCUGUGCCGUGCAGCUGAAAGGGCAAUGUCAGCAUAUGUGGGACUCUCAGAUCACUUCCAGGACUUCAAGAUAAGAGGUUGGUUCCCUCACAAUCCUGUCUUAACCAAUUCUCUCGUCCUAUCACUUAGUCUGUCUAUUCUAAGGGUACAUGCAGCUAGUAAGAUUCAGUGUGUUAAAUCAUCGUUACAGACAUUACGUUUUAAUGUAUAUAUUUUUUUAUUUAUUUUUUAAUAAUUAUGUUGUUUUCACCUUAACUUAUCAUUAGUGUGAUUGAUUAUAUGUGAUUAUACGUAAAUGUGAAGCUCCCUUGCUUGGUUAAAAAUUUAAGAUCCCCCCCCCCCCCCCAUCCUGUUAAAAAAAAGUCUGAAUCAUGGAUUCUUCUUGACCCACAUUCCUGUUGUUGUUGUAUUCGCUGACUGGUGAAGUGGGAGGUAAUCUCCCAAAAGAGCAUCACUUAUUCCCUAUUGUGUUUAGAGGCCAGUCAUUAGCUGAUCCUGGCCUCAUUCUCAGAACCAGGGCCCUUGAGGUCAGGUUGAGCGGACUCUCGCAAACAUCACUCAUAUGCUGACCAGGGCAGUUGGUCAGUGCCUCCUUUGCCUAAAGGUCUCUGUGGUGAGGUGAACACAGCUAUACGUCUCGUUCAGGCCCUUACAGCGCCUGUUAGCAUUUAGCCAUUAGCAUACAUUUAUUAACUGAGCAUCGCCGACCUCUUUGUCUUACACAGAGAAAACGCUUGUGUGUCUAAUUGGCUCCUCUUGUGUGGUCAUGCUUCUGUGUCGAAUUCCAUUGUAUAAACAGAAUUUAGGAUUAUACAUUUCACAAAGAAUCCUUGUUCUUAUCUAAAUAGGAACGAUAAAUAAAGUACAUAUAUAAUUUUUGUUCUUA